UCCCCGCCGGGUGACAGCAGCCACCUGGUGAGCCGCAACGGCUGCAACGGACAACCACCCCCCCGUCAACAUGCCGCGCUGCCUCAUGGCCAAGAAGUGGAAGGCCUAUCCGUGGCCGGACCGCGUGGACGAUCCGCAGGAGGAGGAGCGGAACGAGGCCUCGAGCAUGGUGCAGGAGAGCCACGGCAUGCAGCAGCACACGUCCGCGUCGUUGGAGAAGAGGCAGCAUAGGCAUGAGCCGGAGGACGAGGAGAUCGACGUGGUCGGGGACGCGGAUGGCAGGCAGCAGGUCGAUCAUCAGCAGACUUGUUGGGGCCCCCACAGCCCCACCGCUGGUGCCACCGCGCCUAGCCCACCGCCACUCAACGCCUCCGGUGCUCUCUAUUAUCACGGUUACACGCACGAGUCGUGGAUCAACCACGAGGAGCCGCCGAAGUACGCGACGCUGCGCUCGGCCGCGGAGCUGGCCCGACCCGUGGCACCGUCCCCUCCGCCUCCGGCCGCCCCCCAGGAGCUGGCUGCAGUGGUGACCGGGUCCAGCCUGCACCAACAACAACAACCACACCCAACGACGACCCCCACGUCGUUGAGCCUGCCCCCUCGAAAAAGCCUCUCGAUGUGCUUCACCAGCACAGGCACGGCCCUCUCGUUGCCCCCGAAGAAGAAGGACAUCUACCGGCCCUACAGCCUCCAGCCGACGUCCGAGAUCCGCACGUCGGCCGAGGAGGACCUGUCCGCCGCGCAGGCGAUCCUCGACCUGAGCGCGUCACCGGCUGCGCCCACGCACUCUGUCUUCAUCCACACUUUGUCGCCGCCGCCGCCGCCGCAACCUGCACAGUUGCAGCCGCCCCCAACGGCUCAGCCCAUCCCCGUGUCCGUGCUCGUGCCGGUCCCCAGCUCGCAGACCAACCAGCUGCGCCAACAAGAGCAAACGCCUCAGCCCCAAUCGCCGGCCACCGCCGAGACCAACGCCAACAACUGCACCGGCGGAAGAGAUGGCACGAGCAGCGGGAGCAAGACGGUGGCGUACACGUACGAGGCGUUCUUCGUGUCGGACGGGCGGUCGAAGCGUCGAAGCGCGAACACGAACGGCGCCGCGGUGCCCGACAAGGAGGCCGCCCAGCCCGACAGGCCCAAGUUCACGUGCACCGAGUGCGGCAAGCAAUACGCGACCUCGUCGAACCUGUCGCGGCACAAGCAGACCCACCGCAGCCUCGACUCCCAGUCGGCGAAGAAGUGCAUCCACUGCGGCAAGGCGUACGUCAGUAUGCCGGCCCUGGCGAUGCACGUGCUCACCCACAAGCUGGCCCACAGCUGCGGCGUGUGCGGCAAGAUGUUCUCCAGGCCUUGGCUGCUCCAAGGCCACCUGAGAAGUCACACGGGGGAGAAGCCUUACGGGUGCGCGCACUGCGGCAAAGCGUUCGCCGAUCGGUCCAAUCUCCGCGCCCACAUGCAGACCCAUUCCGCGGACAAGAAUUACGAGUGCUCGAGAUGCCACAAGACGUUCGCCCUCAAGUCUUAUCUGAACAAGCACCUCGAGUCGGCCUGUCUGCGCGACGACGAGAUACCGCAGCAACAGGCGGGACCGGUUCCUACGAACGGUAAUAACAAUAACACGACGGCGCAACACCAGCAGAGCAGCAAUCGUAGUUUGUAGCAGCGCUUCGAAGGCGACAGGAAGGCGACCGGGCAAGGUCUCGAGUCUACGGCGAGGGAGAGCUAGCGGUCGUUCCCGGCGACACCUGGUUAACCGGGGGCGAUGAAGGGAACGAAGAGGAAGGGAACGGGAGGAAAAAGAAAAGAGAGAAUAAAAAGGUUGCCGUAGGUUUUAAGUAGAAAAGUGCCAGUAGAGAAAAUGGAGGAUGAUAGAGAGAAGUAACCGAAUGGUAGUGUUGUAGAAGAGGUUGUAAGUGAGAGAGAGAGAGAGAGAGAGAGAGAGA